AUGGGGCUGGCGCUGCAGCCGACGUUCGUGACGCUCACGUGGCGCUCGGCCUUCAAGGACGAGGCGCUGUGGCUGCGCAUCGGCGCCCACAUCCAGAACGAGUUCCAGCUGGACGUACUGCUGCACCUCACGUGCCACUUGCCCACGGAGCAGCUCAAGCGCAUCCUCAAGAACGCGCGCGCCGCCGGCAUCCGCAACAUCCUGGCGCUGCGCGGAGACCCGCCCAUCGGCGCCGAGCGCUGGGCGCCCGUGGAGGGCGGGCUCAGCAACGCCGUGGACCUCAUCAAGCUCAUCCGCGAGGAGCACGGUGACUACUUCUGCAUCGCCUGCGCGGGCUACGCGGAGGUGCACACCGAGUCGUGGAACCACCCGGACCUGCCGCCCUCCAACGAGGCGCGCGCGCUGGACCUGCAGCGCCUCAAGGCCAAGCAGGACGCCGGAGCAGACUUCAUCAUCACGCAGUUCUUCUUCGACGUGGACAACAUGAUCCAGUGGAUCGGGGACUGCAAGGACGCCGGCAUCACCAUCCCCAUCCUGCCCGGCUACCUGCCGAUCCAGAACUACAGCUCCUUCUGCAAGUUCACGAGCUGGUGCAAGACCCGCGUGCCCGAGAGCGUGCUCACUGCCCUGGACGCCAUCAAGAACGACGAUGCCGCGGUGCGCCGCUACGGCACGCAGCUUGCGGUGGAGACGUGCCAGCGCCUGCUGGCGGCUGGCGUCAACUCGCUGCACUUCUACACGAUGAACCUGGCCACGACCGUGACGCAGGUGCUGGAGGGCCUCAAGAUGCUCCCCGCGCGCAACCAGCGCGAGUUGCCGUGGCAGUCCACGCUGCAACGGUCGACGGCUGAAGGUGAACAGGUGCGCCCCAUUUUCUGGUCCAACCGCCAAGCUAGUUACAUCGCGCGUACUGCGGCGUGGGACGAGUUCCCCAACGGACGAUGGGGAGACCGCACGAGUCCGGCCUACGGAGAGCUGUCGGAGUACUACCUCGCCUUCAAGCGCCCGAAGCUCCAGCGCGCUGACCUGUGGGGCACCCCGCAGACUGAGCAGGAUGUGUGGAACGUGUUCGUUCGCUUCAUUGACGGCCACGUGAAGCAGCUGCCGUGGUGCGAGCAGGCGCUGUCGCUCGAGAGUGCUGCCAUCCGCGAGAACCUCCAGUGGCUCAACUCGAACGGCUUCUUGACCAUUAACAGUCAGCCGCGCGUGAACGGCGCUCCCUCCAGCGACCCGUCCGUCGGCUGGGGUGGUGACGACGGCGUGGUGUUCCAGAAGGCUUACGUGGAGUUCUUCGUUUCCCCCGAGAAGAUGGCCCACCUCGUGAAGGUCAUGCGCCGCGACUACCCGCAGCUGUCCUUCCACGCGCUCAACCGCAAAGGCGACGAGCACCGCAACACUCCGUUGCACAGUGUCACGGCCGUCACGUGGGGGGUCUUCCCCGGCACUGAGAUCGUGCAGCCAACGGUUGUGGACUCGGACUCGUUCGCUGCCUGGAAGGACGAGGCGUUCGAGCUGUGGCAGACGCAGUGGGCGUCGGCCUACCCUGCGGACUCGCGCUCUCGCGAGGUUAUCCAGCACAUCUUCGACACGUACUACCUUGUCAACAUCGUCGACAACGACUACGCGAAUGGUGCGUGUCCCCACUUGGCCACUCCAAUCGCCAGUGCCUUAUUGUGCUCUGAUCUACGUGCUAACGUGUUGUGUUUGUGCAACUACACAGAUGAGUCGGACAUCUUCAGCAUCUUCACGCGGAUCAUCACGGAAGCCAUGGACAAAGAGCAGCUGCGCGCGCGCGUGCUCGAGCUGGAGGCCCGGCGCGAGAAGAUGUUCGACACGUUGGCGUCGUUCCAGUCGCUGCAGGAGGAGCUCAACGGUGAGCUGCGCUCGGCACACUCGGAGCUCGCGGGCGUGCGCAGCGAGAACCUGCAGCUGAAGGAGAAGGUCCGCCAGCUCCAGGCUCAGCUCGCGCUCGCGUCGCUGUAG